AUGAACGCAGGCGACGCUUGCGGCGAGAGUUGUGCGAUUGGGGCCGUGAAUGCCCGCAACGCUCAUGUGACACUUGUGCAAGCGUCUCGACGGGAUGCAGCGGCCGCGUCGCUCCUGCCGCCGCCGCCGAUCACCGAUCCCGACCAACUCUUUGACCGGGAGGACCAGGCGGCCGAGAUCGCCCUGACCUUGGUGGCUUCCUUCCAAGCCAUGGAGAAGAAGGUGGAUUCGCACACCGCCCGCUUGUUGGACCUGGAAGGCAGAACGGGAAGCGCCGAGAAGAAGAUUCUGGAUUGCGAGAAAACGGCGGUGGAGAUCGGUGGGCAGCUGGAGAGCAAGUGGGCCGCGCUGGGGACCCUCAUUCAGGAAUACGGCCUGCUGCAGCGGCGGCUGGAGAACAUGGAGAACCUGCUCAAGAACCGCAACUUCUGGAUCCUCCGCUUCCCGCCGGGCUCCAAGGGGGAGACCCCGAAAGUGCCGCUGACCUUCGACGACAUGUCAGUCUACUUCAACGAGAAGGAAUGGGAGAAGCUGGAAGAGUGGCAGAAGGAGCUGUACAAGAACCUGAUGAAGGGCAACCAGCAGUCUCUGAUCUCCUUGGACUAUGCAAUUUCCAAGCCAGGCGUGCUGUCCCAGGCCGAGCGGGCGACGGACGCCUGUCUGGGAGACGAUCGGGACUCGGAGGAACAGGGCAGCCUGCCCGAUGCCACAGCCGCCGGCAUCCGGGUGGUCAUCAAAACGGAAGAGCCGCAUUCCGACGAAUGUCCCGGUGACCUGGAGCCCCACCAGAUGUCCGGCAGUUCGGAAGGGGAUUUCCAGGGCCUGGACCCCGAAGCCCCCUGUGGAAGCCCCUACAGCGCCGCCACCCCCCUGGGAAAUUUUGCUGGGAACAACGUGGAGGAAGGAAGCGAGUACGACGUGAACUUUGGGGAGAUCAAGAGAGUGACCGUCCAGCAUGGCAACUGCACGGAUGACGGGAUCGUAAUCAAAAUGGAGGAAGAGGAAGAAGAGGAGGAAGAAGAAGAGGAGGAGCAAAGGGCGGCCAAGCCGCCCCGCCCCACCGUGGGCAUCUGCGCCCCGCUCUGCGAGAGAGACAAUAGCGUCGAGGCGCGGCCGGUCACCCUGCAGCAGCGGAACCGGACGCGCGAGCGGCCGUACAUCUGUCCGGAUUGUGGCAAGAGCUUCAUGCUGCGGAUCAACUACAUCAUCCAUCAGCGGAACCACCUCAAGGAGGGGCCCUACGAGUGCCACGCCUGCGACCUCAGCUUCCGCAUCAAGCAGCAGUACCUCCUGCACCAGCGGCUGCACACGGCGCGGCGCGGGGUGGCGCCUCCGCCCCGCCGCGGACAGGCCUACCCCAACAAGCGCAACUUUAAGCCGCAGCCUCAGCCGCCCCCACCGCCCGGCAAGCCGUACAAGUGCAGCGAGUGCGACAGCAGCUUCAGCCACAAGUCCAGCCUGAGCAAGCACCAGAUCACCCACGUGGGCGAGCGCCCGUUCUCGUGCAGCGAGUGUCGGAAGAGCUUCCGGCUGCAGAUCUCGCUGGCCAUGCACCAGCGGGUGCACGCCGGCAAAACCGAGCUGUCCUUCAUCUGCCCGCAGUGCGGCAAGGCCUUCAGCCGGCCCUCCCACCUCCUGCGGCACCAGCGGACUCACACGGGCGAGCGGCCGUACAAGUGCAGCCAGUGCGACAAGACCUUCAGCGAGAAGUCGAAGCUGACCAACCACUACCGGGUGCACACCCGGGAGCGGCCCCACGCCUGCGGCGAGUGCGGCAAGGGCUUCAUCCGCAAGCACCACCUGCUGGAGCACCAGCGCAUCCACACGGGCGAGCGGCCGUACCACUGCGCCGAGUGCGGGAAGAAUUUCACCCAGAAGCAUCACCUGCUGGAGCACCAGCGGGCGCACACCGGCGAGCGGCCCUACCCGUGCACGGAAUGCGCCAAGUGCUUCCGCUACAAGCAGUCGCUCAAGUACCACUUGCGGACACACAUGGGGGAGUGAGGGGCCGUCCCUGCUCCCUGACA